UCCGUUCAAAUCAAAACUCUCUCACUCUCUUUGCUUCUGCAGCUUCACUACUCUAAUCUUCUUCCCUUUUCCUGCAUACUCAAUUCCUCACUUCAAAUAAUCUUCAAAUUCUGGAUACCAAUUCCAUGUCUGUACCUUCUUACUGCAAACAACGUUUCGGAGCUCACGAAUCUCCUUGGGUUCUACUCUUUCUCGGAAUUGCGAAGCUUUAGUGGGAUGAAGUUGAUGAAGGUGCUUAAACACUGCUCAUAAUCUUCCACGGUACUUGUAGUUCACGUGGUUAAGAGUGUCUAAGGUCCUGUGUUCAAAUCCUCCCUUCCCCGAUAUCGCUUGUAUCAGGAAGAAAAAAUCAUUGCUCAUAAUCCCAACUGACAUAUAGAAUUGAAGAAAUGGAUUCUGGUAAGAGCUGGGAGCAGAAGUCACUGGUCAAUGAGAUCAUUGAAGGAAUGGAGCUAGCAAAACAGUUGAGGCUAUGUCUAAAUGCAAAAUCGUCAGCAGACACCAAGCAAUUUUUAGUGCAGAGGAUACUGUCGUCAUAUGAGAAGGCCCUUCUGAUGCUGAAAUGUGGCGGUUCGCCACAAAGUCCUAUCAGAGCAAUUGCUAGCGCGCCGGAGUCGCUAAUGUCAGCCAAUGAAGGUCCUUGUUGCGUUGACAAUAACAGAAGUCUCCAGGAUCAUCAGGACCUGACGGCGGUCUCCAAGAAAAGAAAGGAAAUGGCCAAAUGGACAGAACACGUCACGAGAGUAAUCUCUGAGAAUGGGAUUGAAGGACCCCAUGAAGAUGGCCACAGCUGGAGAAAAUAUGGGCAGAAAGACAUCCUAGGAGCCAAACAUCCAAGAAGCUAUUACAGAUGCACGUACCGGAACACGCAAAGUUGUUGGGCUACGCAAGUGCAAAGAUCAGAUGAAGACCCCACCGUCUUCGAAAUCACAUACAAAGGGAAGCAUACAUGUUCUCAUGGCGGCAGUUCAGUUCCACCGCCACCAUCACCAGAAAAGCAAGAACGAAAACGACACAAUCAUAACAAUACUUAUCAACAACAGCAGUCUCAAGGAAACCAAAUGAGCUUCCCAACUAAUCUGAGAGUCAAUACUGAGAACUUAGACGACAGAGAGAACACAGCAUCUCCAUUCUCUUUUACUUCAUCUCCAUUCGGAAGUAUCAGCGAUGACGCCUUCCUAUCUUCGAUGCUUGAUGAUCAAAGUCUUUUUGACCAUUUCAAUCAAUCAUUGCUGUCUCCAGCCGCAGGCGGAUCAAACUAUUACUUUGAGCUGCCCAGCCAGAUGAGAAACAUUGCAGGAAAUGAGCAACGUUCGGAAUCUGAUAUCAUCUCAGCCAACAAUUCGUCAACCAAUUCUCCGAUCCCGGACAUGGAUUUUCCACUGGAGCCAGUGGAACUCGACCCCUAUUUCCCAUUUGACUCCCCAGGAUUUUUCUUAUAAUUCUAGUCGGUCUUUGAGAAUAAGAAUAAGUUGCUUCAAGAUUGCCAAUAUCUUGAAUCAACCAUGUAUUAUAGAAGAGGAAGAUUUCUAGUAAAAGAUAAGAGCUUUUUGUGAUGUUCAAAAUAUAGCAGCAGUUCCAUAGACACAUUUUAUAACCAAAUAAAAUGAAGAUCCUACCA